GACAAGUUCGUUGAAUCUCAACUACCUUUUCGUCAAUUAAGUCAUACUUUCUAGCGAUUACAAUUGAUCACACUAAGAGUUUUACCGGAGCUUGUGAAUUAACUUUAGAUCUUCAAAUGCUUUCGGCUGAUCCCAUUUCGUGUUUCAUCUCGUCUUCGUCACCUGGUCAGUCAUGUCAAGCAAAAAAAUAAUUGGUCGGUCUGAGACCAAAGAUGCAAACGCCUUUUUGUCGAGCGUAGAUGAUACAGAAUCAUGUGCGCCCGUGUUUCCACCUCAUAGGAUCCACUCGGUUGCGUACCAUCGAGCGCCGUUGCUCAGUAACCACGACGCCACCGAAUCUCUACUGACAUGGUUUGACUCGAUCUCUGAAAAGCGAAAGAUGCCGUGGAGGAAACCUUGGCUUGACCCAGCUGCAUUUGAUCGAAACCAAGAAGAAUUGGAGCGCUCACGAUCAGAACGAGCGUAUCAAGUAUGGGUUAGCGAGAUCAUGCUUCAGCAAACUAGAGUGUCUGUAGUUAUACCAUACUUUAAUAAUUGGAUUUCGAAGUGGCCAACCGUAGAAGAUUUGUCUCAUGCAAGUCAAGACGAGGUACUAGCAGCAUGGAAGGGUCUUGGAUAUUAUUCGCGCGCCACGCGACUUCUUGAGGCGGCUCAGCAGAUAGUGAACGAUAUGGAUGGCAGAAUUCCUGGCGAUGUCGAAAGUCUGCGAAAAAUCAAAGGGAUUGGUCGAUACACUGCUGGUGCUGUGUCAUCGAUUGCUUUCGGACACGCGGCACCCGUCCUAGAUGGGAAUGUUAGUCGCGUGUUAUGCAGACAACUCGGGUUGUAUGCUCGUGUCAAAGAGAAAAGUAAAGAAGAUCUUUUAUGGAAGGCAGCAGCAAUGCUUGUGGAGAAUGUUACAAGUUGUAGCAUUGAGUCUGGCCUCAGCGACAUUCCAGGAAGAUGGAACCAAGGAUUGAUGGAGCUUGGAUCCACCAUCUGUACACCAAAGCCAAAGUGUCACGAGUGUCCAAUCCAGUCAACAUGCCGUGCAUACGCCGAAGGGCAAUUACUUGGAAGGACCUCUAGCGAUGUUGGCAUGCUUGAGGAUAUCGAGGACGCCUGCUAUUUGUGCGAACAACUGGAGCUUGAAGAAGUCGAGGCAGCGGUUGCGAAAGCAGAUACUGAGAGCGACUCUAGUCACUUAAGCAAACCAAGACGCAAAAGAACAGCAACAGUGACAGAACUAGCUUCUCGGACAGCAAAAAGUGCAAAAGCAAACACCACUACACAGCGCUCAAUACAUGAUUUCACUACUCUUCCAGGACUGGCGACACAAAGUGCUUCGCCACCCACACAUCCUCAGAGCGAGCAAGAUGCUAAAGUAAUUGCAUAUUGUUCGUUAUUCCCUAAACGCGAACCGAAAAAGAAAACUCCCGAAGAGGAAUGUGCAGUAUGCAUCAUUAGACGAGACACAGAUCUUGGAGAUCACUAUUUGAUUGAACAGCGACCGCCAAAUGGACUUCUCGCAUCUUUGUGGCAAUUCCCAACGUACAAACUACCAACGAAUAGAAACUGGAGUCUAAAAUUACGAAAGACAGAGUCACGGAUAUUUGUUCAGAGAAUAGUCGGGCAUGACCGCAAUGUAAAAUUAAGCCCUACGACGGAAAGAGGAAGCGUUACACAUGUCUUUAGCCAUCUUAGACUACAAAUGUACGUCCAUGAGUACCGCUUAGGCUGCGAUGAUAGCAUUGCAAGGGAAAUAGUGAGUGAAGAUGGACCGAAACGUUUAUGGGUUAGUAGACAGCGUGUGAGUGAUGCUACACUAAGUACCGGUAUGAGGAGGUGUUGGGAGCAGUAUAGAAGUUCAGGGAACUAA